GCUAUGCCAUUACAGCUCUUGUGACAAGAUGCUGCCGCUUUUCUUCGUCCUCCUCCUGUGCCUCGCCGCCUCGCCGAGAGAUGCCGCGGCGCUCACCCGUGAGGACUACCCUAAAGGGUUCACCUUCGGCGCAGGCACCUCGGCCUACCAGGUGGAAGGUGCCGCUGCGGAAGAUGGAAGGAAGCCAAGCAUCUGGGACACCUUCACUCAUCAAGGUUAUGCGAAUAACAAUUCUACCGGGGAUAUUGCAGCAGAUCAGUAUCAUCAUUACAAGGAUGAUGUAAAACUUAUGCAAGAGCUGAGCCUAGACGCUUACAGAUUCUCCAUUGCAUGGGCACGCCUUAUUCCAGACGGAAGAGGAAAGAUCAACCCAAAGGGCCUGGAGUACUACAACAACUUGAUAAAUGAACUGCUACUGCAUGGCAUAGAACCUCAUGUCACAAUUUACCAUCUGGAUCUCCCUCAGUCCCUUCAGGAUGAAUACGACGGAUUGCUGAGCCCUAGAUUCGUAGAUGAUUUCACCGCGUACGCCGAUGCCUGCUUCCAAAGCUUCGGUGACAGGGUGAAGCAUUGGGUCACCCUCAACGAACCCAACAUGGAGCCCAUAUCAAGCUACAGCAAUGGCAUGAUGCCACCGAGGCGCUGCUCCCAUCCCUUCUGCUCCUCAGUGAAUUGCACCAAAGGGAACUCCAGCACCGAGCCGUACAUAGCCGCUCACCACCUCCUGCUUGCACAUGCCUCUGCUGUGUCCCUGUAUAGAGACAAGUACAAUGCAACUCAAAGAGGACAGGUAGGAAUAACUCUCAUGGGCAUCUGGUAUAAGCCUGCUACCAGCUCCUCACAGGAUGCAGCUGCUGCGAGGAGGAUGCUCGAGUUCCACAUUGGAUGGUUUGUUCAUCCUUUGGUAUAUGGGGACUACCCUCCUGUGAUGAGGAGCAGAGUGGGCGCGCGGCUACCAGAUUUGACGGCAAGCCAAGUGCGUGGAUCAUUCGACUUCAUCGGCAUCACUCACUACUUCGCUACUCCCGUGCGAGACGACGAGGCCGCCUUGAAUCUAGAGCAAAGGGACUACUACGCUGACGCAGGUGUCAUUGCAGAGCUCAAGGAAGUGUUUUCUCCUAGGGCUCUAGGGAAGCUUCUUGACCACCUGAAGCUCAAGUACGGGAAUCCUACGAUCAUGAUCCAUGAAAACGGACUCGCUGAAAGGCCCAAAAUCACGAGCGAGAUCGUGUACGACGACGACAUUAGAUCAGAGUACCUGCAAGACUACAUGGAUCAGAUCUACCUAUCCAUAGGGAACGGAUCGGACGUGCAGGGAUACUUUGUGUGGUCUUUCCUUGACAUGUUUGAGUUGGUGUCCGGAUACAGUUCCCGAUAUGGUCUCUGUGGCGUCGACAUGAAUGCAGAGGAGAGGACGAGGUAUGUGAGGAACUCUGGGCACUGGUACUCUGGCUUCCUCAAAGGUGGUGAGCUGCGGCCGGAGUUACCAUCAGGGAAAGCAUACCGCACCGCCUGACAUGGCUUCUUCAACCUGCGUACAUUCGUCCUCCCCUAAUGGUGCCGCCCAACUGUUUCAGUUCUCUUCUCCAUCUGUGUAUUUCUGUGUGCACCAUUUAGUUGUGUACUAGCUGAAUCCCCGUGUAUUUCCACCGUCUCUCAAAAUUUUAUCAUGCAUGUAAAAUAAUACAAUUCGAAGUUCAUGGGUAUAGAAAGAGAUGGAAAUAUAGUACUCCAUAUGGACGAAAUUAAUUGACUUGAACAUAUAGUAUGUUCAAGUGUACUCCUGA